AUGGCGGAUACAAACAAACGCGCGCGUGCCAUAUGUCGCGUGUUAAUCCGGGCGAGACACGUUGCGACGGUAACGGCUCUACAAAUAUCCGCUGUAUACUGUAUAAAUUCGUCAGUGAUAUUAUUUUGCGCAUCGGGCGUCGCGACGUCCGAAGACGCCUUUCCGGCGCCCUUCCUAUUCGGCGCCGCUUCCUCCGCUUACCAGACAGAAGGCGCCUGGGCUGAGGGCCACAAAGGCGAGACCAUAUGGGAUAGAUGGUCGCACGAGAAACGCGCCGGCGACGCCGACGCCGACGCCGACACAGCCAGCGAUUCCUACCACAAGUACAGAGAGGACAUCCAGCUGGCCAAGGAACUGGGAUUGACCCACUACAAGUUCUCCAUCUCUUGGGCCAGGAUAUUUCCGAGCGGUUUCAACAAUUCAUUCAGUACUCAGGCGCAAUUUCACUAUCAAAGUUUGAUCAACGAAUUGCUCAAGAACAACAUAACGCCUGUAGUGACGAUGUAUCAUUGGGAUCUGCCCGAAAGCAUCGAAAAUUUCGGCGGUUGGCUCAACUUAGACAUCGUGGAUUAUUUCACCGAUUACGCUCGACAUUUGUUCAAGACUUUUCCAAACGUUAAAUAUUGGAUCACCAUCAACGAACCUAGACAGGUGUGCUCGGGCGGGUACGGGCAGGGAACGAAAGCACCUUUUCUCAAUGUAAGCGGAGAAGCGGAUUAUCUGUGCGCAUAUCACGUCAUUUUAGCGCACGCUUCAGUUUAUAAUUUGUACAAGACAGAAUUUUCGAAAAACAAAGGUACAAUUAGCAUCAAUUUGGACGGUGAAUGGAACAUUCCUGCCAGCAAGAGCAAGGAGGACGAGCAAGCUGCCGAAAGAAGAUUACAAUUCGAUUUUGGAUUGUAUGCCAAUCCGUUGAUGUUCGGCGAUUGGCCGAGCGUUGUAAAACAACGCGUGGAUGAACGAAGUAAUAAAGAAAACUUCACCGAGUCCAGAUUGCCAGUAUUUACAGAUGAUCAGAAGAAAUGGAUCAAUGGAAGUUUGGAUUUCUUAACGGUAGAUUUUUGGGACACUAAACGAGUGGGAGAUGCUCGGGAAGCUGAUUAUUCCAACUUUUCCUACGAUAAUGAUGUUAGAGUAGCGGUUAGCAAACCCGAUAAUUUACCUACUGCUUUAGAUGGGAACACGAUUAAUCCAGAUGGUUUGAGAUCUUUCUUGCAAUGGGUGGAUAAAACUUACAACAAACCGAAAAUUCUUAUCGGAGGAAAUGGAAUUCCUGAUGAUGGCUCGACUCUGGUAGAUAACGACAGGUUGUAUUAUUUGGCCGGCCAUUUGAAUGCUUUGUUAAAAUCGAUUUACGAUGAUAAAAUCGAUGUGUUCGGUUACACGGCGUGGAGUCUUUUGGAUGAUUUCGAAUGGACCGAUGGAUACAGGCUACACUAUGGUUUAUAUUCAGUCAACUUUACCGACUCGAAUAGGAACCGAACAGCGAAAGAUUCCGUGAAAUACUACAAAACUAUUAUCGAAACACGGAAAAUUCCUGCAACUCCCAAGACAACGACAACUAGUUCAACUACAACUACAAGUACAACCACAAGUUCAACUACAAGUACAACCACUCCUGCUACAAGUUCUAUUAUUCCCGAAACAACGACGGCUUCGAGUUGUGUGCAUUUUGUAGAAUUAUCUUUGUUUUUUACUGCAACCUUCUUGUAUCUGUUCGUAAAUUAA